AUGUGCACUCGAUCCCCACAGAAUCUGGUCUUUCUGGGCUACAUGAAUGCCGACUGCACUUACCUUACCAAACAGGCUGGAGAGCAACUGCGUUUGAGAACAGACGAUCAGUAUGCAUGGAGCAUUACAGGUGAUAUGGACACGACUGUAUCCGACACGAGCUGUGCCUACGACAGGUUCACAGCCGAAGGCUCUAAAAUAGCCAGACGAAUUCCUACUGUGCGUCCUUUCAACAUUCAAUCUGCCUACAAGUUGGACUUACAGAAGGUUGGCUGCCAAGUUGUCUUUCGUCUUAACGUCUAA